AUGGCUACCCACACAUUCGACCCCCUCUCCCCCUCCACAGCUUCAUCGUCCGCACCAUACAAGGACAAGACAACAUUCGGUACCCUCGCCCGAGAGCGCCAGUUCCGGCACCCGCCUGUAUCCGCUUCGGACGUUCCAGCGUUGGAUGAGCUCGUGGCGCCGCAUCUCGAGAGUUUCAACGCUCUGGUAGAGGAUGGAGCGGACGGGAAGGGACUGUUGCAGAUGGGCGUGGAAGAUAUUGGGGAGAAGGUGGUGUUUGAUGGGCAAGUGACAGAUAGGAAGCCGUGGGGGAACAAGAUAACCUAUAAGAUAGAAAGGGUCACUCUGUCCAAACCAUUACUGUCCGAGAAGGACAAGACGGCCAUCCAACGCAAGCUCUUCCCCUCCGAAGCUAGGGAGCGGUUGACGACCUACCGAGCCAAGCUCACCGUUCUCAUCAAGUGGAAGGUGCAAGGGGAUGAUGGCGCGGUGAAGGAGUACGAGGAGGUUCGGGAUUGCGGACUACUACCUGUCAUGGUCAGGUCCUCCCGCUGCAGUCUCCAAAACAUGUCCUCGGCGCAGAUGGUCGCCAAGGGCGAAGAGUCCACCUCCUUCGGCGGCUAUUUUAUCGUCAACGGAAACGAAAAGAUCGUUCGCUACCUCGUCCUCCCCCGCAGACAUCACCCCAUCAACCUCUACCGUCCUUCCUUUGCCAAGCGAGGCGUCGGCUACACCCCUUACGGCUGCCAAAUCCGCUGUGUACGCCCGGAUCAGUCAGCCGCAACCAACACCAUUCACUACCUCGCUACCGGCGGCGCGACAUUACGGUUCGCAUGGCGCAAAGUCGAGUACAUGAUCCCACUCGUACUGGUGCUCAAGUCGCUCGUCGACGCGUCAGACAAGGAGAUCUUCGAGGGGCUGGUACAGGGCGAAUACGACAAUACGUUCUUGACGGACAGGGUGGAGCUGUUGCUGCGGGGACAGAAGACCUGGGGAUUGUACACGGGGAAGCAGUGCUUGGACUAUCUGGGAGAGAAGUUUAGGGUGGUCCUGGGAUGUCCGGAGGAUUGGGAUAAUGUGGCGGUGGGAGGGACGCUCUUGAGCAAGGUGGUCUUGGUGCACUUGCCGUCGCCGCGGGACAAGUUCAGGAUGAUAUUAUUCAUGCUGCGAAAGCUCUACGCUAUGGUAGCUGGCUCAGCCUGCCCCGAUAACCCCGAUUCUCCUCAACACCACGAAGUCCUCCUUCCCGGCUUCCUCUACGGCAUGAUCAUCAAAGAGCGACUGGAAGAGUCGCUGGAUGCGGUCAAGAGUCAGGUCAGACUGGACAUACGGCAGAAUAAGCCUGUAGACUUCGCAUCAAGCCGCUACUUCUCCUCGGUCCUCUCCAAAACGAACUUUGAUAUCGGCCAGAAACUCUCCUACUUCCUUGCCACCGGAAACCUCGUCUCGCCAACCGGUCUCGACCUGCAGCAAACGUCCGGUUACACUAUCGUCGCCGAGAAGCUCAACUUUUACCGGUACCUCAGUCAUUUCAGGUGUAUCCAUCGAGGAGCCUUCUUUGCCGAGUUGAAGACGACAACUGUCCGAAAGUUGCUGCCGGAAUCAUGGGGCUUCCUCUGUCCAGUCCACACCCCAGACGGAUCUCCCUGCGGUCUUCUCAACCACCUUUCACAUACCUGCCGCCUCAUCGUCAAUGCGCUCGACACGAGGCAAAUCCCCGCCCUGCUCUCCGCACACGGCAUGACCCAGAUCUUCGCCUCGUCCAUCAAUGGCCGAGAUAACGUCGUCAUCCAGCUCGACGGGCGCGUCAUCGGCUGGGCAUCUCCCCAGAAAUCAAAACACCUCGCCCUUCUCCUCCGCCGGAUGAAGACCAGCGGGGACGCCCGAGUCCCGCUCGACCUCGAAAUCGGUUAUGUCCCGGUCACCAAGGGUGGACAGUACCCCGGUCUCUACCUCUUUGGCGGACGGAGCAGGAUGAUGCGGCCAGUGACGUAUCUGGAGAAUGGGCAGGCGGACUCGGUCGGCUCGUUCGAGCAGGUGUAUAUGGAUAUUGCGUGUACGAGGGCGGAGGUGGAGAAGGGUGUGAGUACCCAUGUGGAGCUGGAUCCAACGAGCAUGUUGAGUGUCGUCGCCAAUAUGACGCCCUUUUCGGAUUUCAACCAAAGUCCGAGAAACAUGUACCAGUGCCAAAUGGGCAAGCAGUCGAUGGGAACGCCCACUACAGCCCUGAGCAAGCGGACAGACAACAAGAUGUACCGCCUGCAGUCCGGUCAAACCCCCAUCGUGCGACCCAAACUCCACCACAAGUACGGUUUCGACAACUUCCCUAACGGCACCAACGCUGUCGUCGCUGUCAUCUCGUACACCGGGUACGACAUGGAGGACGCCAUGAUUCUCAACAAGUCGGCACACGAGCGUGGCUUCGGAUACGGAACCAUCUACAAAUCCGACAUCUUUGACCUCAAAGAUGUCAUUGGCGCGCCCAAAUCCGGCAAGGCUACGCUCCACUUUGGGAUCGGCCGGGACGUCAAGCAGGACGCGGAUCAGCGGGAAUGGAUCGGGACGGACGGUCUUCCCCUUAUUGGCCGACAGGUCAAGCAAGGAGACCCCAUCGCGGCGUACACGGACGACGUCUCUGGCAAGACCAAGUUCCACAAGUACAAGGGGGACGAGACUGCCUAUAUCGAGGAGGUCCGCCUACUCGGGUCAGACGCGGGCGAUGCCGAGCUCAGUAAAAUUCACAUCAAGCUCCGGAUCCCCCGUUCACCCGUUAUCGGCGACAAGUUCUCGUCUCGGCACGGUCAAAAGGGAGUCUGCUCGCAGAAAUUCCCGAUGAUCGACAUGCCAUUCUCGGAAUCGGGGAUGAGUCCGGACGUCAUCAUCAACCCUCACGCCUUCCCCAGUCGAAUGACCAUCGGGAUGUUUGUCGAGAGUUUGGCGGGCAAGGCGGGAGCGAUGCACGGGAUCGCGCAGGAUGCGACGCCGUUCAAAUUCUCGGAUGCGGAUCGGCCGACCGAGUACUUUGGCGAGCAGCUCCUCGCUGCUGGCUACAAUUACCACGGGAACGAGCCCAUGUACUCGGGUAUCACCGGCGAGGAGUUUAUGGCCGACAUCUAUAUCGGCGUAGUCUACUAUCAGCGGCUGAGACAUAUGGUCAAUGACAAGUUCCAGGUCAGGACGACUGGUCCAGUUGACCCAUUGACUAGACAACCCGUCAAGGGACGUAAGAAGGCAGGAGGUAUCCGAUUCGGAGAAAUGGAGCGAGACGCUCUCCUCGCACACGGAACGGCCUUCCUCCUCAAAGACCGACUCAUGAACUGCUCCGACUACUCGACUGCGUGGGUCUGCCGCGCGUGCGGCUCGCUCAUCUCCCUCGGAUUCGACGAGCUCAGGAAUAAUGACGAGCCGGGAACGGAGGGACGCGAGUACUGCCGGAUCUGCGAGGCCAAGGAGCGGGUCAGGGUGGGCAGGGAAGUCAAGCAGGAGGAGGAUAAGCCGAAUGUCGCGGUCGGGCUGGUCAGUAAGGGGAAGAGGCAGAUGGAUGUGGUGGCGGUGCCAUACGUGUUCAGAUAUCUUUGUGCAGAGAUGGCGUGUAUGGGCAUCCGGCUGAAUGUCACGGUUACGUAG